AUGUCCAAUAAGCUAAAUCCGAAACGCCGUGAAGGUCCGAUCCCUACCGGUACCGGCACAACAUCGGCCGGUAAUACAUCAUCAGCCGCAAACACAUCCUCCUCAUCUAGCUCAUCACUGUCGUCCGCCGGAGGCGGUGAUGGUGGCAUGUCUGCCGAUCUAACUUCAUUAUUCGAGUGUCCGGUGUGUUUCGAUUAUGUCUUGCCACCGAUUUUGCAGUGCUCGAGUGGCCAUCUGGUAUGCGUAUCGUGCCGCUCGAAACUCACCUGCUGCCCAACAUGUCGCGGACCGUUGGCCAAUAUACGCAAUUUGGCAAUGGAAAAAGUCGCCUCAAAUGUGAAAUUCCCGUGCAAACACUCGGGUUACGGUUGUACAGCUUCUCUUGUUUACACAGAAAAAACGGAACACGAGGAGACAUGCGAAUGCCGACCAUACCUGUGUCCAUGUCCGGGUGCAUCUUGUAAGUGGCAAGGCCCAUUGGAUUUGGUCAUGCAACAUUUAAUGAUGUCUCACAAAAGCAUUACUACGCUACAGGGGGAAGACAUCGUCUUUCUCGCUACUGACAUCAACCUGCCCGGCGCUGUCGAUUGGGUUAUGAUGCAGUCGUGCUUCGGCCACCACUUUAUGUUGGUGCUUGAAAAGCAAGAGAAGUACGAUGGACAUCAGCAAUUCUUCGCAAUUGUACAGUUAAUCGGCUCGCGGAAAGAAGCCGAAAAUUUCGUGUACCGUUUAGAGUUGAAUGGCAACCGUCGACGCCUCACUUGGGAGGCUAUGCCGCGGUCUAUACACGAAGGGGUUGCCUCUGCCAUUCACAACUCCGAUUGUCUGGUAUUCGAUACAUCGAUUGCGCAACUUUUCGCGGACAAUGGGAAUCUUGGCAUUAACGUUACCAUUUCGAUUGUCUAAAGAGGAUCAACAUACACAUACACAAAAAGAGAGAGAAGACAAGGACAGGGAAUAUUUGUAGAAGAUAAGAAAUAGUAUGAGGGGAAGAGGGAUGGGUAUUUUGAUUUUUUUAAUUGUGAGGGAGUGCAAAAUACCGAUAUUAAGCUUCUGCAAAAUGGGACACAAAGAUAGAAGUGUGCGUACACAGUUACAUAUUUGUUAAUGUGGGCUCAAGCCAAAUAACCUAGAAAUAACGAAAAAUAAAUUCGAAAACUAUAAAUUGGAUUUUUCUACCAAAAAUAUAUAUUUACAAGUUGGGCCGGCAAAAAUAGAUACAUUUUCACAUUGUCAUAAAAUAAUUUCUAAUAAAUGAAAAGGGCCAGGAGUGACUUUAUUUUAUGUUUUUAGAUCACCGGUAUGUUGGAACCAUGAUAAUCGAUAUUUACACUUAAUUAUAAUAAAAUAGUACAUAUUUCAAACUUCUUGGUUCUACUUGUAUAUAUAUAAAAUCAAUUUGAUUUUGACGGUAUUAUUAUUUUUUGUUAAGUUCAUAUUUUUUUAACCACUUGAGGCAAAUAAAAUCUUUAUUAAGUACAA